GUUGCUAUUGGGCGACCGGCCGGUUGGUUGGCCGGCAAGCAAGGAGGCAUACAGAUUGGGACAAGUACAAUCGGGUUUCAGUCCAAAAAUGUGCCUUGAAUUUGAGCUGAAAAAUGCUUCCUCACUGGCUUGCAAGAUUGACUGUAGUCAUUUGGGCCAGUUGGGUUGUACCAUGGCUUCAGGUGGGGGAGAUGAAAACCCUUUCAAAACAAACCCAGCUAAACUACAUAAGAACCGUUGUAGGCGCCCAUCAAGACCAGUAACAGAGGAAGGUGUUGUGCAGGAAACUGAGGACGUUUUCAGGAGUUACGUCUUCUUCCGGUACCAAUCGGAGAGGGAAGAAGGAACAAAUGUCCCAGAAGAUCCAGAGAUAAUCGAGAUGCAGCAGCCUCCUGAAAAUACUCCAACUCUUGUGGGCCGUCAACUUGCUCUUAUCGGAGAUGACAUCAACCGUAGAUAUGAUUUAGAGUUCCACAAUCUGCUGUCAACGUUGCCACUCAACGCAGGAAAUGCUUAUGACUACUUUCGGAAAAUAGCUGAUGGGCUCUUUGAAAGUGGCAUAAAUUGGGGCCGUGUGAUAGCUCUUCUAGGAUUUGGCUAUCGAAUGGCCAUUUAUGUCUUCCAGAAGGGUAUGAAGGGAUUCCUGAGUCAAAUCGCAAAAUUCAUUGCAGAGUUUGUAUUAAAAAAUAGAAUUGCACGAUGGAUUGCAGCUCAAGGAGGCUGGGUUGCAGCUCUGGAAUUGGAUAAUGUUUACAUCAAAUGGAUGCUUGGAAUUCUGGCUAUAGUUUUGGUUGGUGUGUUUGUGGUCCACAAAUUCUACAAAUCUUAAUACGAGGAUACUCGCUGGAGCAGGCCUCUAGCCAUGGACUAUAAAAAUAGAUUCUUUUUAGCAACAGUUUACAGCUACAUAAUUGUGAAGACUUGCUACUGAUAGUGAACAGGAGAUACUUAACCAGAAAUUUCAACUGUCAAAUUGCCAAAUUCGUUUUGAAAGGAUAUUGAUUGUCAGGCCGAUUUUGUGCUGGACAGUUUUAAGUUUAGCUACACUCCUCCAGGUUAUAUCUAUAACUCACUUUAAGGCCAUGCUGGCAAACUGAAGGCCCUGGUUUUCAUCUCUUUAGAAUCUUGUUCCUGUAGGAACAGCAUUGUAUGCUGAAUCACAGAACUAUGACCAACAAAUGAUGUAUUGCAAUUGUUUAAAGAUUGAAAUAUGUAAUGAAUGGAAAUUGUAGCCAUUGUCUAUUUAGAAAUUCAAAGGCAAAUUACUCCAUUCAUUUUUUUUUGUGUGCAGAAUUUUUUUAGCAGAACGGAUUGUUCCUUGCUUAACACUUGAAGAUGAUCUUUGGAGCUCUCACUAAGAGCACUUACAUACUAUCCUUUCCAAAAUACACUCCUCACUGAUGCACUUUUUAUGACUCCUAUACUAUAUGUGAACAGUUGCACUUGAGGCAACUACCCCAUAGUGUGUAAAGCAGAAAUUUAAUUUGUCUUUCCAGAAUGACUAAGAAUGCAGCUGUUGAUAAGCUAGAAGUCGUUCUUCAUGAAAUUGCAUUUGUAGGUGGCUCUGGCAUCAGAACUGUGUGCCUCCUGCGUUACCUGUUUUCAAUUAGAAGCAACUAUGACUUCUGACGUAGCUCCAUUAUAUCUGUGGCAUCUUUGAAAGCUAUGACAUUAACCACUGGCACCGAAAGUUUUGCAGUUCUCUUGGGAUACUGAUGGCAUUGUAUAAAUAUUGACCAAAAUGACAAUCAUGAGUGGCCCUUGUAACGAGCCAGAAAGAUUUAUUUCAGUUUUGUUAAAACACCUGCCUUUAUUUUGCACAAGUACAGUUAGUAUCAUGGUGUGCCACAAUAUAAUGCAUUAUUUGUUUAUAGCAUUAUUGUAACAUUGUACAGUUGUGAAAAACUCCAGCUUGUUUUUAGACUUUACUUUCUCCUCGUCUGGUGUGAGUAAAAACGAACUAACCAAUGUGCCAUUCUCACUGAAGGUUACUUGCAGCCUUUGAGUAGCUAACAACUUUAAACAAGUUUCAAAGUAUCUUACAGACUUAAGAGAAUGCAUGUGACGCUGCAUGAGGAUGUUCUCUUGAUCUAAUGUGAAUUAAAACUGAUCAACUGUGAUGCUUUUUUUACUCACUACAUGUUGCUUUGUGUUGGAGGAGAGAAGCAAGUGGCAGUUGUAAUUAGUACAGGAAAUAAAGC